CUAUUGUUUGUUUUGUCGUGCAAUCUUUUCCGCGUGACCGACCAUAGGUUUUCGAAGGUUGGAGCUGCAAAUCAUACAAACAGUUUGUCAGCGAUCCAGACCUCAGGAAUAGCUAAAAUGUCGGGUUUAAGGCACGUCCACAAGAUUCCCACAAUCAGAGGCACUGAUAUCAUUAGAGAUCCGCGACUUAACAAGGUAGUGUACGUUGAAUUAAUAUUCGAACGACAACUCAGGGGACGUCCGUACGCGCUUGAGCGCACGUCUUUCUUUUACUAGUACGUCUUUCAUUACCAUUUGUUGCUCAUGCCCAACGUGAUGUUGAGCGAUUGUCGCACAUUUUAUUUUGCACGACUGUGGCUUUUUGUGACAUGAAGAAUACCGCUUUCACUCCUUGUAUCGAAAAAGAUUCAUUUGUUUUCUGUUCAGGGAUUAAUCUGUUUGGAACUGCUUCGUAAUUUAUUCUUGUUUGUUUGUUUGUUUUACGUCAUCCCGGGGGUAGUGGGCCGACCAAUUAACUUUUGAGUCAGGGUAUGGGUGAUUUGGUUUGGGUAAGAUUUUUAUCUCCAAACCUCUGGUGCUAGAAACUAUUUCCCCGACAAACAACGGUGUAAGAUCUUUUUUUCUAGGAUAAAAAGCCAUAAAAGAUUAAUUUUUUUUCAGUGUAGGAAAACAGUCUGCAGGAGUAUCUUUUCUGAAAUCACCCAUACCACCGCCCCCUCCUCUCUCAAAAGUCGAAUGGUCGGCCCCUUAUAAAUCUCAAUAAAUAAAUGUACAUCUGAGUGGAACCAGAUUGAGCUUAUUAAUUAAACAGGCAUAUAUAUUGAAGACAAUGGUCCCAAUGCAAAGAAACCUUGUUAAAAAGGGUGGCAGUUACAAGUUUCUCGUAAAGUUCUGAAAUGGCCUCUGCAUUGAUCAAAUUUGUAUGUGUGAAUAGUUGUUUGAGAAACAUGUGCAACAGCUUCCCUGCUUUUUCCCUUGGUCCAACUCCUUUAAGGAGGGUCCCCAUAGGGUUCUCUUGUCCCACAUCAUCCUGACCCCAAUUUUUGUUCAAUAUUCCAUAAUCCCGAUGGAUAUUUCUGGCAUCCAGCAUCCUGUGUACACUUUUAGCUUUGAAUCUUGUCCCCGUUUCGCUCUGAAAUCCCAAAUCCUGUCCUGUCAAAUAAUACAAAUCCCAGGACCUGAAAAACCUAUUGGGGACCCUCUUUAUGACCCUGUUUAUAACUAUGGAGAAAAGGGACCAAUUUUGGUUUCUGGGAAACUACCCACCUACCCCUCCCCUAAGCCAUCAUUUUGCCCUAAGUGAGAAGUAAGUGUUAAUGUUAGCUUAGAGGAGGAGUAGGUGGGCAGUUUCCCAGAAACCUGAAUUGAUGGGAGAAAAGUCCCAGGUAAAGAGGGUAACCCUCCUAACAGAGUCAACUUAAUUAAUAAUUAAUGAAUGAGGCUGAGUAUCUUAUGAAGAAUUAUGGAGAUCGAGGAGGGUGUUAUCUGACAGGACUAUUUUGUCAAAAAAUGGGAAUUUUGAUGGCCGGGACAUUAUAAAAGUCUUCAUAUAAUGUUAUAACAUUGAAUUAUAACAUCCCUGUUAUAAUUCAUGGAUGGUGGACUGGAUGAUGGUGGGGCUGAGGGUUCUUCAGAAGAGACAGUCUCCAGAUUUUGUAUCUCCAGAGGUUGGCAUCACUGCGUCUUAUGACUGCAUUAAUAGACAAGAAAACUUCCUAGUUUAGUGAUUUAUUCGUAUUAAGAGGAUGGUACAUCAGUAUAAUUAAGCACUGAGUUAAAAUGAAACUAGUGUAAAGGGGGUACCAUUUUUCAAUGGAAGGUAUAUGCAAGGGGUACCUUGUCUGUCAAAAAUGGUAUAUAAAAAGGUAAGGAGUUGGAGCUUGGAAGCAGCAGAGGGUAGCCCAUAUAAAACUUUGUUGAAUUCACCACCCCUCCCCCACCCCCACCCCCACCCCCACCCCCUGCUGCUUUAACACCCUUAGGGCGACUGAGUUGAUAAAACCAAAUAAUUAAGUUUCGAAUGGAACCUCUUAUGGGUUCUUACACGUCCUGCCAUCUAUCCAGAGGCCACACCUUAGUUUGUAGUACCCAGGUGUGGAGGGGUACAGUACAUUGAAUUUCCCAAAAUGGCUGCGGCAGUAGCUUUGUAAAAAACUUUAUUAUUGUUUGGCAACUUAUUUUUGUUAUAGGGAACAGCAUUCACUCUAGAAGAACGACAAAUCCUUGGAAUUCAUGGCCUUCUUCCUCCACGCAUUUCCACCCUAGAGAUCCAGUGCAAGAGAACCUAUGCAGAACUACAGAGAAAAGUUGAUGAUCUUCAGAAGUAUAUCAUGCUUAUGGCUCUUCUUGAGAGGAAUGAGUCAUUAUUCUUCAAACUGUUGAUGGAUCAUACUGAAGAGCUGAUGCCCAUUGUCUAUACUCCGACAGUGGGGCUUGCUUGUCAGAAAUAUGGCAUGAUUUUUAGGAAACCCAGAGGUCUAUUUGUUUCUAUCCACGACCUUGGACAUGUUGAAGAGCUCGUAGGCAACUGGCCUGUUGAAGAUGUCAAGGUACAUUGUAAGCCCGCUCUAUGGACACUAGCUUAGUAUGGACACCUGUACAUAUAAUGUAUAAUGGACAGUUCCAUUUGUACUCACACUGAAAAAUCUCCUAUAUUUUCUUUAGAAGUAACCCACUUUAUACAGACACCCAGAUAAUUCAGACACCAUGGCAUGUCCCCUUGGCAUCUGUAUUGACCUGGGGUUUACUGAAUAAAAUUACACACAGAAACAAUGCCCAUUGCAAGGCCAAGGGAAGACAGCAAUCAAAGAGUAUUAGCUUAAGGAGACCAUUGAAAUGCAAUGUCAGGCUCAAACCCUCAACAGCGACCAGUCUCAAACUUCCAGCCUCAUAGCGAACCAUUAUAAAUUAUUUGUCAUGUGAGCCAACUGAUGAAAUAUGACAAUUUUAAGUGACUUCUCGAGAAAGGUGCUGUAAUGAUGCUUAAAGCUUGAGAGAAAUACAUGUUUUUCUUUGACUCCAAAUAACUUCAUUAUGGAAUUUGGAUUAGGAAAAGCAAAGCUAUGUGUGUAUAGUGGGAGUGCUUCUUUUCAUCUUAAUUAUCAACUCCGUUGAUUGUUAUGUCACUUCACAUGCACCAACACUGCAGUACCCCAGGGCCCCUCCUAAGUUGUGUUCUUGUCUCUGAAAUUUAUAGGCCAUUGUAAUGACAGAUGGAGAGCGUAUACUUGGUUUAGGUGAUCUUGGUUGCUGUGGAAUGGGGAUACCUGUUGGCAAGCUUGCUCUCUACACGGUUUGCAGUGGAAUUGAUCCAAGAGUGUGUCUACCUGUCAUGAUUGAUGUUGGAACUAAUAACCAGGUAAGGCAACAACUUACAUUGUAAUAUUUCAGCUGUAAAAAAUUUUAUCAGUUUUUGAAUUUUGUCAUGUAUAAUGCUCCAAAAAAUAUCCACACACUGGCCACCACUGAGGGUUAUUGGGUGGAGGCCCCAGCCCAUCUUCCUGCUGGCAACCAUCUCAUUUCAGGUAUUUUCCUUUGAUAACUUUAAUUGAUCUUCUCUCCUUUUUCUGCCUUCUUGGAAUUUCUGAUGAUGGCCUCCAUGGGACAAAUAUGGCGGAUAUUUUCUGAAACAACAAAAUAUGAAACACUGUGCAAAUUGUGUCCCAGUAUAUGUUCUCUUCCCUCUAGCAAGUAAGAUGUAUGCAUAUUUAUGCAUAAUUGUAAGGUUGAGCAGUAUAAUAUUAAUUUUUAAUGCCCUCCAUUCCCCUCUGAAGGCCUUGUUAGAUGAUCCCUUGUAUAUUGGAGUGCCACAGAAACGAGUGACUGGCAAGCCUUAUGAUGACUUAAUUGAUGAAUUCAUCAAUGCUGCUACCAAUAGGUAAUUUGACCUAGUAAACUAUUUAAUUUUAAUUAAAAAGGCAAAAUAUAUAGACAUGUCAUCUUAAACUGUACACAGUUGCUAUGGAAGAUUUGAGCAUGUAUGCAUCUUUUUGUCUUGUGUAGGUAUGGGGAGUCUGUUUUGAUCCAGUUUGAAGAUUUUGGAAAUCACAAUGCCUUCAGAUUCCUGGAGAAGUAUAGAAACCAAAUUUGUACUUUCAAUGACGAUAUACAAGGUAAUUUAACAGAUAGCCUAAAACAGUUCCAGAUUUUAUCUAUAUCCUAUAACACGUUUUAAAAUUUGUUUGUAACCACUGAUAUGGUCGCUAUGAGGAUGCAUUUCCCGCAAACAUACAUCCAUGGCCUUUUGUGCCAUUCUUUCAAGUUUCUUUCGGAAGAACAGUGAACUCAAAACGACCCACAAUUCCUUUCUGGAUUGUCGUGUGCACUUUUGCCGACAACCUGUGUAGCCAUCACGGAGGGUUUAUUGGGUUGAGUCCCCUUCCUGGCUUCCCUGUGGUAAUCUCUGUGGUAAAGACCCCUCUUUCCCUCAGAAAUCCCAAAGACUCAUCUUAUAAGGGUGUGGAAUUUGCAGCUGUAUGUUACUUAUGUUAAACUUUAAUUUCAGGUACAGCAUCUGUCACAGUCGCUGGUCUUCUUGCUGCACUGCGAAUCACCAAGAACAAGCUAGCAGAUCACAAAUUUCUCUUUCAAGGUGCAGGGGAGGUAAGGGACUCUGACACGGAUUACCGUAAAAUUCCGAAAGUAAGCCCCUCCAUGUAUAAGCCUCUCCAAAUAUAAGCCGCCCAAACCGGUAACGCAAAAAAACCCUCCGUUAAAUCGCCCCUCCAAAUAUGAGUCCCCUGGGGGCUUGAACUCGGAAAAUUGCCCUCAAAUACAAAGUAAAACAAAGCAAAAACGGUAAAUUUGCUUCCAGCUAUAAGGCUAGCCAAAUCGAUUUUGAGACGCAAAUUUCCCGCCGUAGAUAAGCCCCUCCGAAUAUAUGCCCCUCAAAAAGGGCCUUUGAAAAAUAUAAGCCCCGGGGCUUAUUUUCGGAAUUUUACGGUAAUUGCACAAUACCUGACUACUCAUAAGCUAUACAUCUAAACGGUGGCUAUGUGGCUACACAGCUAAGUGUUUACGUCCUCUAUAAUUCGUCUCAUUGGAAAGCUUCACGCUGUAGUAGUGCAGUGACAGGACGGCAAAAAAAUGUACAAAAAAGCGUGAUCAUGCGCGUGCAGAGUUGUUGUUUUGCUUAUUCAAACUGUUGCUUUUUUGACGUCCCCGUUACUGUCACCGUCCUAGUUGUUUAAACUCUCUAGUAAGUGCAUGGAUACACGGCUACCUGCAGGCAUAUAGCCACGAAGCCACUUUUUUUUGGGGGGGGGGGGGGGGGCCUUGGUCCCCCCCCCCCCAACUUUUCCUAAAUCCCGUUUUUCUCCAAAAUUUUUCACAGAGGAAUUUGACAUUUUUUUUGUUUUUUUUUUUUUUCACGUUUUUUUUUUUUUGGCGUCCCCUUUUCUUGUCCCUUCCUUUUUUUUUACAAUUUGUAGGGAGGGGAUGGAGACCGGGCUACCUGGAGGGAAAGGCGCAGAACGGCCUUUUUUUUUGGGGGGGGGGGGGGCGGCCUUGGUUCACUCACUCCGAACGUUUGCAUAAUCCCGUUUCUUCCCAAAUAUUUUACAAGGAGAAAUUAGACAUUUUUAUUGCUAUUUUCUUUUGCCAUUGCAAGUGAAUUAAGUCCCAAAAGGUUAUAUUGACUACUUCGAGAUUCACUACUCUUGUAAUUUUACACUAAUGGUUACUUAUGGCUUGUUUUCUCCAGGCUGCCAUUGGUAUUGCUGAUCUGCUUGUUCUAGCCAUGGUCAAGGAGGGAUUGUCACAUGACGAGGCCAAGAGCAAGAUAUGGUUGGUGGAUUCCAGAGGACUUGUUGUUAAGGUAGGGUAACAUACUUUUCAAUGGGUACGUUACCACUUGGGAAAGUCGCGCUGCGAAAGGCAUUCACUUUGACGUACUGGCAUUCACGCCAAAGGUUCAACCAUUUCCUGUGUACUCUUACAGUUAGGGCGGGUAAAGCUAGAAUCGCUAUCGCCUCGUGCGACUCUGCGGUUCGUCAGAGAGCACUAAUCUCUAUAAUAGUCUUGUUUGCAUACGGGUGACGAAUUAGGACUCUUGCCUCUCACACGGCCGUUUUUGCCUCGUCACGCCACGCUCCUUCCCAGGAAGGGGAGGAGCUUUGCGUGACGAGAUAAAAAUGGCUACGCGGGAGCCUAGAAGGACUCAAGUUUUUUGGAAAUAUAUGAACUGGUUCUGGCCAAUCAUGGUACGCAAAUUAUAACAGUGGGUACGCCAUCUUUCCCUCGCAUAUUUUUAAACGCUUUAAAUACAUUAAGAAGAUAAUAAAUAAAUUAAUUAAUUCGUUAAUAACGGUAAUAGGUCUUUGUGUCGUCUAAUUCGGUCCUUUUAAUCAGGCUCGUGAUUAAACAAAUCGGACUCCCCACAGGUAACCCAAGCUCGAAAUUUGAGCAUCGGCGAACAUCGACAUUGUUGCGUAACAUUCGAAAUAUACGGAUUUGUCAAAAGGUUACAUACAUACAUACAUACUUUAUUUCUCAUGUAGGUCAGUAAAAAAGGCAGCUAAAGAGCUGAUGUGGACCUGCAAACUAAAAAGUAUCUACAAAAAAGUAAAUAAUAAUAUUAACAAACCAAUGAAUUAUUUACAAUGAGCAAAGAAAAAUAAAAAAAUACCUAGCAAGAUAAACAACAGUUAAUUGACUGUUGCCUUAAUAUAUAUAAUUUACAAUAUCUUUAUUUAUUCCCUGUAACCCAUUAAAUGUUAUUUUAUCUAAAAUGUCAGAUUUUUUUUUAAGAGCGGAUUUAAAAGAACCAAUUUUGGGUUUGCUCUUUAAGUACAUGGGUAAGUUAUUCCAUAAAAUAGACGCACGAUGAGAGAAGGAAGAUCGAAGGAAGUCACUUUUAGGGCAACGCACGUAUAGUUUCAGACUGUCCCUGAGAUUGCUUAAUGGAGAAUGUUUAAUAAAUAGAGAAUUUAUACCAGCCGGAGCCCUGUUGUAAAAUGCUUGAUAAGAUAUGGUUGCAAUCCUCUUUUUGUACAUGUAUGAUAAAGACUUCCAUUUUGUCGCUGCCAGGACCUCAGUGCUAAGAGUAGAAUUCUUUAUGUUAAAAACAAAUCUCGCUGCUCCGAUGUGAAUGUCCUCCAGGGUCUGAAGAGAUUUUGAAGAUCCCCAUAAUGCAAUUGAAUACCUAAUACUUGGAAUGAUACCUUUGAAAUAAAUUGACUCUAAGAUGCGACUGUCGAGACCUUUUAAGUGUUUCAGUUUCUUCACUCUUGCUGAAAAACGUUUGCUCAAGGAUUUGAUAUGUGGCGCGGAGGAGAGUUUAUUGUCGAUUUGAAUCCCUAAACAUGUAGAUUUAGAAACAAAGGACAACUCCUUUUGCCCUAAACAUAUUUUCUGUAAGGGCCCGAUGAAUUUUGAUUUAGAUAACAACAUCAAUUCGGUUUUUGCAGGAUGAAUAGUCAGUGGUCAGUAGUUCUAAGUUACUUUUGCAGGAUGAAUAGUCAAAAGUUGAGUUUGAUCGUCCGGGUGAACGUUGUCCUGAAUAGGACUGUUGUUGUUGACAGUGACUGACGUUUCGACAACCUGUGCGGUAGUCAUCUUCAGAGUCAAAGUGAGUUGUAUCACGUCAGUUGAUGGUAUUAUACUCUGGUUAUUGAUCUGAUUGGUCAAUUAUGUCGCGAUGUUAUUGGUCGUCUGUCAGUUAAGCCGUGAUGUUAAUGGCCAUGAAGACUCGUAAUCAGUGAUUGGUGCGUUUCGAUCCGUCUAUUGUCACAGUUAAACAGUCGUCUAUUGUUAGUCAAAUUGUCAGUUCUCCAGUUGUUCUCUCGUAGUUAGUUUUUCUUGAUCUCGUCAAUACGUCGUUUGUACGGCGCUGGUAACUGUUGGCUACGAUCCAGUUGCGUUUGUUCUAAGUUAGUAAACCAGCUUUCUAAAGUAAGACGUUGAUAGUAGUCUGAUAGUAGUUUAUGGCCGUUUUGCGGGUUUUUAUGUAAACCUUUAUAUUAGUCUAUAUAGAGAGAAAACCGUUUACAUGAAAACGGCCAUAAAUCGGCCCGUGGACCACACAGAAGAGACGUAACACACAUUUUAAGUAAGGUAAGCUGUUUUUAUUGAAAUCCUUUCAUUUUCGUAGGUUACAGAAACGACAGGACUUUUUCCUUUACAAAUCCUUAUAUUUCGAAUGUUAUGCAAUAAUGCCGAUGUUCGCCGAUGCUCAAAUUUCGAGCUUGGGUUACCUGCGGACUCCCUUGAUUUAAGCCAGGAGCACGAGGUUGGCCAAUCACUCGUAUGAUUACAGACCAAAUUGGACAGCUCUCAGUCCUGUAGCAAUAUUAUAAAUAAAUAAAAAGUUUCAUAAAACACCUUUAAGAGCUAAACAGUUGCUUUGCCUGAGAAGCAUUAACCAUUUUUGCCAGAAACGUUUUAAAAUAGCAAUGAUGGGUGACCACUCCUUACGUUUAAAUUGCAAAGAAAAUUGCGUUCUGUAUUAUUUAAUCGAAACUUCCCUCCUCAGGAUCGUCCAGUCGGAGGAUUAAAUGAACAGAAACUGAAAUAUGCUCAUGAAACGGAGCACAUCAGUACCCUUGCAGAAGUUGUCAAAAACGUUAAACCAACUGCGAUUAUUGGUAAGAUUUUGCAACCUUUUUUCUUACGAGGAGUAUCAAACGCUUCGUUCUCAGCACCGGAAACCAGUCGUUUCGUUUCGAACUUAUCAGUGAAAUUGCACAAAAUUUUUGAUCACUUUAGUAUAGUUUGCUGGUGAACAAGAAAAACAUUUGAGGUGGAUAGUACGUGAAACUAUUUACACCUCGACUGAAUAAACUUUUAUAGAAACGACAUCGAAUUAAAUGACUUGUAUCGAAACCACUGGCAACCUCAGCGCGACUUCUCAUCUGCCUGUCUCACAAGAACGUUCACGUUUUCCUAAUUCGCUACCAGCUUGGCUGCCUAUACGUUAUCUGCUAAUUAGAGUUUACGCUUGAAACUGUGUCGUUAUUUAGUUAGCCUUGUCAAACUCUCGAUCAGUGCAGACGAGCGAAAAAAGCGGGCGAGCAACGAAGAGGAGAGCAAGAGAAAAACUGCGUGAAGGGAGAAAAGGAGAGCCUGUAAGCAUCUUUUUAAAUACCUCAGUCUACUCACUUCUUCGCUCACUCCCAGAAAAACUGUUUAUCGUGUCAAAAUGUAAAAGUGUGCGGUGUAUGACUGUUUCCAACGCUCGCCAUGUUUGGCUGACUCUUCACUCGUGAAGGCAGGUGAUCGAUCUAAGUGUUGACGUAAACUGCCAAAAUUGACCAAUGGUAGGGUAUUCCAGGAGCUAGUGGAUCGGAAUGAGGUAUUGAAAACAAUACAGGCUCCACUUAUCCGUCUCUUCCUAGCCCACCCGCAGUGUUCGCUUAAUAAUUAACAAUUAUUCCCCGAGCCCGAAUGGGCUAUUGACUCAGAGGCCAUGAGGGCGAAAGAAAUAAUUGUUUUAGUAAAAUCCAACUAGUUGGUCAAAAAUAUCGACAACAAAAAAAUUUUAGCUAGUUAAAGCCAGACUUUAAUUCUUUUUUGCCGCCAAAAAGCCCGCGCUUUUCGCUACUAGUGGGCUAUAACAAACAGCCUAAAAGUAGCUCAACCAAUCAGGACGCAGCAUUGAUAAUAGACCACUAGUUGGAUUUUACUAAUAUUCGAUACGCUUUUCCUACUAUCUUGGAGCCUGUAAUAGGCUACUAUUGAGUUCAAUUGCACUAUGGUGCUGUUUGGGGAUGAUAGUACAUUGCAUGUACAUUGCCUAGAUUGGAAAUUAUUACUUAUGCCAUUUAACCUGACUUUUUUGAAGGCGUUGCAGCCGUCGCUGGAGCAUUCACUGAAGAAAUUGUUAAGGCCAUGGCUUCUUUUAACGACAAACCCAUCAUCUUUGCUCUCAGCAAUCCUACAUCCAAGGCUGAGUGCACUGCGGAGCAAGCUUACACCUGGACUAAUGUAAGGAACCGUUCAAUAUUUUCGCUCUGUUAAUUCUGCGCUGAUGAACCCGGUUGAACUUAAACUUUUUCAGUGGUUUUACCAUUUGUCCAUGCACAGAGGGCUACUUUAGAAAAUCCCAAAGGGCGUUUCCCAGCUACCACGCACGCAUGCAACCACGCCUUUCCCGUACAAGAAUUUAGACGGUUAUUUGCAACUUUCACGUUCCCAUAUCUCAAUGUGUUUGCGCCACAAAGUUUUGCACAAUAAUUGUUUUCAAUUUAUCGUGGGACUAACAAUCGGCCUUGAGAAACUGGAAAGAAAACUCAAGUUAAAUUUUAGGGGAAAACAACCUGCUUUAUGGAAAGUCGCACUCGGUUUUUCGAAAUUCACGCCAAUUUGAACCAAACCCAACUUCGCUAAACCAGCCAACACUAUGAUUUUUCAAACCUCCUGAUAAUUCGAAUCAAUUUACCUUUCCCAAGGUGACUCGAAAAAUCGGGAUUGCUAUGUAUACUCGUUGUACCGGUCACCUCUAGUGAAAAGACAACUCUAUCCAAGAGACACUUAUCCUGGUCCCUUGUGUGUCUCCUGAAUGGAAGCUCCACAAUCCACAGGGUGUCGUUUUUCCUCUUUCUCAGGGUAAGGCUGUGUAUGCUAGUGGCAGUCCUUUUGCACCAGUAACUCUACCUGAUGGUCGUCACUUCAUACCAGGGCAAGGAAACAAUUCUUACAUCUUCCCGGGUGUCGCCCUAGGAGUUAUAUCCUGCAAAGCUCAACAUGUAACCGAUGAGAUGUUCCUUCUUGCUGCCGAGGUAUGAAACGUGUGCCUAUACAUGAGCUGUAAAGCUGGGCAAAGCCGAACACCAAUUCCACAAAAAUUGUUCAGUUUUGUUCUCUAUGAAUAUAUUUUGGCAUUGAAACUACUUCCAGUCGCAUAUUGCAACGGAGGUAAGGAUAGAGAUAAAUUGAAACUUGAAAAGGUUGGGUCAACUUUUUCAAGUUUAUGCAAUGCCUGCUAAAAUCACCAAAAAAUUGUCGUGGUUGCUCUCUGAUGAAAUUUGUUUGAGAUUUUCAUAACGCCGCAGUAUCAUACCGUAUAUUAAACGUGUAUUACUGAAAGUUAAAUGGCACUCAGCGACAUGGCACAACGACAACUUCCUUAGAGGUUUCGCGUACUUGACACCAAGCGAGCCACAGGAAAACCCAACAGAGUAGUCUUGCGUUCUCUUUACGUAGAACGCAAUAAUGCUUGUUGUAAAAGCUGUGUAAUUGCCCACUGGGUGCGUGCUACUCGAGCAACGACAAAGAAAGUAAAAAUUUGGGGCUGCUGUACUGUACGUGUAUUGCUUGUUUUGGACAAGAGCAAUUACAUGGGGGUGAACCCGUACAAAGGUGAGCUUAAGAUAGCGGUUACGGCCUUACGGGGAAGGAGGAGUAGGUAAAUCUUUCCUGCUGUUAAAAGGGGAUAUAUAGAGGAUAUUACAUGGCCGCGCGUAGAUACGAAAUUUCUCCUGGAGUGUUGAAAAAUCGCCAAGAGAAAUUUCGUAUCUCCAAGCGGCCAUGUAAUGUUAUAUUUAUUAUAUAAACACCAAUGAAAUUCCAAACCAUUUCGCUUAAAUGUUUUUUUGCUGCAAAAGUCGCGAUUUGUUAUGCGGCCAUAGCAACGGUGAUCGUUUCACAUGUGAAAUAACAUGUUACUUUUACGUGUGAAGAUAUCAUGUUUUCGCGGAAGCUCACCUGGUAUUUCAUUGACCAGUGUUAAAUAAUAAAGAGGAUUAACACAAAUGCAUUGAGUAAUAGAUAAUUAACUGAAGUUUUUACCUCCCUAGUCUCUUGCUGGCCAGGUAGCUCCAUCACAGUUAGAGAAAGGCUGUCUUUACCCGCCUCUGUCGGAUAUCAGGGAAGUCUCAUAUAACAUAGCCGUGGAUGUCGUCAAGUUGGCUUUUUCCACUAGGUUGGCCACCAUACACCCGGAACCCAGAGACAAAGAACAACUGGUGAAAAAUAACCUGUACGCUCCAGAUUACAUGUCUUACAUGCCGUCCACUUACCCCUGGCCUACUCAAUAA